AUGCUCUCAAUUUUAAUAAUUAGUUAUUUAAUAUUAUCUGUAAAUAGUGUAUCAAUUGAUAUAAUUGAAAAUGAUUUAAAUCAUACUAUUGAAAAAAUUCUUCUGAUCAAUGACAAUUUAUAUGUUGGUACACGAAAUGUUCUACAUCGUUUAUCAUCAUUAUCAUUAAAUAGAACAAUACCAUCUUUACAACUUAUUUCUCUUAGUGACAAUUUCGAAUGUAGUCAAUGUGAUAGAAAUAAUCACAUCAAAAUUUUAUUAAGAGUUCAUAAAGAAAAUAUUCUUCUAUGUGGAACAAUCUUUCAAGGAACAUGUCAAAUACUAGAUCAAGAUUUUAAUCUUAUUAUUAACUCAUCAUUACCAAUAGUUGCUAAUGAUCCGAUAAAUAGUACAAAUGCUUUAAUUAUACAAGAAAGAAAUUUAAUUUAUUUUGGUGUUACAUACACAAAUGAAGGUACACAACGUUGGCAAAUACCAAAUAUAUCUGGACGUUCUUUAAAUAUUUCACGUUUUAUGAAAAUUUUAUCAACAAAUGAUGAUGAAAGAAUAUCUCGCGAUGAUUUAUCAUUACGUUUUAUGUCAAGACAGCAAGCGAGAUUUAUUGUUCAAUAUAUUUAUUCAUUCUAUACCAAGAAUUAUAUUUAUUUUAUAACAAAUCAACCAAACGACAUUGAACAAAAACAAAUUCUUACAAAAAUAAUUCGUUUUUGUCGUGAUAGUUCAAACUCAAUAAUUCGCACAUAUAUUGAAAUACCAUUAAUAUGUUCCAAUUCAGAAUGGUUCAUAAAAACAGCUGAAAUCUUUUUUAAUGAUAAAAAUCAAGCAAUUUUAAUAGGGCAUUUUACAAGAAAAGAUGGCACUGGUGGAACAAAUAUGUGCUUAUGGAAUAUUCAGAAUGAUAUUGAUCAAGCUUUUGAAGAUAACUAUCGUACAUGUUAUUCGAUGGGUAUUGGAAAAAGAGGUUUAGCAUUUAUUAAACCAAAUGAACCAUGCAGAAAAGAUGAAAGUUGGUCAAUACCAAUCAAUAGCGAUAAUCUUUGUCCUUGGAUAAUUAAUGACCGUUUUCCAUAUCCAGUUGGUGGUACAACACCAGCUAUUGGUCAUUUAUUUUAUGAAAAUAUACUUGAAAGUUCUAGUGUGUUUCAAAUCUACUCAGUCGGUUCAUCAAAACUUAUUUUUCACGGUUUAACUAAUGGUACUUUUAAGCUAGGACUUUACGAUUUUGGUGUAAAAAUAAAUUGGUUUUAUUCAUAUCAAUUAUCUACAGCAACACCUAUUCUUUCGAAUGUGAUUUUUGAUAAUAAGACAGAAACGUUCUUCCUAGCUUCAGAAUCAAAGAUCUAUCGUAUAUCACUUUCAGGUGAUUGUACAUCACGUUUGUCAUGUGAUGAAUGUUUAUCUUCAUCAAACAAUCCUUUAUGUGGUUGGUGCACAAUGAAUCAACGAUGUACAUUGGCUAAUAGUUGUCCGUUGAAUUUCUGGCAACAAGAGAAUAAUCACUGUACACAUAUUGUUCAUGUUCAACCGUUGAAAGCUUCAAUUGACAAUACUCAAUGGAUUAAUCUAACUUUGACGAAAUUGCCACAAUUAGAACAUAACGAAAUCUAUCAAUGUAUUUUUAUGGAUAAAAUAUUAUCGGCAAGCACACAAGCAAUUAAAUUAGAUCAUAAUCGUCUUUCGUGUCCCACGCCAUCAAAAAAUAUUCAUGUUCAUAAAGAUUCUCACUUAAAACUUCGUCUAUCCAUCAUAAAAUGGCCAUCAAAUGUAAGCAUAGCAACAGUAUCAGACUUUACGUUUUACAAUUGUUCAUCGUAUUCAUCUUGUGUGUCAUGUCGAUCUGAAAUUGGAUGUCAAUGGUGUUCACAACGAUGUUCAUCAAUGUGCACUGAAUUUUCAUCUCAGUGUUCAUCCGUUGAUCUAUUAAAUUCUUCGAAUAUUUUUCUUGAAUCAAAACAAUCCAUUGAAAUUCCAUUAAAAUUUGAUCACAUUCAAUAUGAUAAUCGAAUUGAGUGUCGUUUAAAUGAAACAAUAUACGGCUUAGUUAAUUCAGAUAGGAUUUGUUCAAUUUCAAAAAUUUCACAUAUAAAUGAUGAAAAUGACCAAAUCGUUUUUUUAACAGUUCAUCAAAAUAAUAUUUUGAUCGGUAAUCCAAUAAAAAUGUUUAUUUAUCGUUGUGAUCUUUAUGAUACAUGUGAUAAAUGUAAUUUACGUUCAAAAUGUUCAUGGUGUCAAGGUCGAUGUUUAACGAAAUCAAUAAAUAAAUGCUUAAUAAAUGAACAAUGUACAUCGUUACGUAUUGUCGAUUUUUCACCGAAAUCAAUUCCAUUAAAUGGUAGAACGAUAAUUAAUAUAUUUUUAAAUGAACAUAUUAAUGAAGAAAUUAUUGAAAUUUUACUUGCUGAUAUACCUUGUUUAUCAAUUAAUUCAUCAAAUAUAAUUCAAUGUCAAGCAAACAUGUCGAAUUAUUCACGAAAAGGACGUAUAAGUGUUCAUUUCUCGAAUUCAAUAUACAUUUUAUCAAAAGAAUAUAUUGAAUACUGUCAAUCGUCAAUUAAUUCUAUAACUCCAAAUAUUGCUUAUGAAGUUGGUGGACAAAUUCUUUAUCUAAGUGGAAAAAAUUUAUUUAUUGGUAAUGAACAAACAAUUUUUAUUGGAGAUUAUCCAUGUUUACAAUUAAAACAAAUAUCAUUAAAUAAUUUAUCGUGCCAAUUACCGCCAAUGGCAUCGAAAAUUUAUAAUAUAACUGUAAAAAUUGAUAAACAAUUAUUGAAUGUUGAACAAAAUUUAAAAGUAACACCAAAUCCAAUCGUUGAAGAUAUUGAUCCAACAAUUAGUUUUGCAAGUGGUGGACGUCUGGUAUUCGUUCGAGGAAUGCAUUUUGGAUCAGCUCAAACAAUUACUGUGAAGUUUUCUCAUAGGAAAUGGAUUGCGAAAUUAAAAAUAAAUACAAAUGAUAUAUUAUCAACAGAAGAUGGAAUGAUCUCAUCAUUUUAUUUUCGUACGCCAAGUCUUCCAACAUCAUCGAACGACUUCCCGUCGCCACCAUUAGAUGUUAAUUUUUCACUUUAUUUUGAUAAUUCGAUCAUUUCAUUAACCAACAUCAUCCAAUUUCAUUAUAUUCCUGAUGUGCUAUUAAAUAUAUCAUCAACACUACCAAGUUUACCGUACACAGGUGAAGAAUUAAAAUUACAUGUAGAAAAUUUAACAGAAGCUGCAUCAAUGUCUGACAUUCAAUUAUUUAUUGGAUGCUCAGAAUGUAAACUUAGAACGUUCACAUCUAAAAGUAUUACAUGCCAACCACCACAAAAAUUAAUAAUAAACACAGCUAUUAUUCUCAAUAAUCCACAACAACAAGAUGAUUGUACAUUAUUCAAUUCUUCAAUUGGUCCAAUUCGUUUUCGUAUUGGCUAUCGUGAAUAUUUAAUUGGUUAUUUAUCCUAUAAUCGAUUAUUAUCUGUCAAAUAUUCAAAAAUAACGAUUGUAUCUCUUAUAUUUGCUAGUUCUCUUUUAACAGUAUCAGUGUUGAGUUUUGGUCUUUAUCUAUUUUAUAAAUAUUUUGGAAAGUCUAAAUCUAAAACAAACGUUUUAUCCAAUAAAAACAAUGUAAAAGAAAAUGAAAGACAAUUUUGGUCAACUGACACAUCUGCAUCACCCGCUCCUUACUAUCAAGUUUAUGAACAAAUAUCUUGUUUAUCAUCACAUGAUAAUACUUUAACACGAGCACCACUUCUACAAUGUCCCUAUUAUCAAGAAAAACGUUGUACUCCACCAAUUAUGGAACAAUUACAAAUGAGUUCAUCAUUUCUAACAACAAUAUCAAUAGAAGAUGAUCAACUAAAGAAACUUUUAUUUAAAAAAAAUCACAAAUUUUCUUCGACAAAAUAUCGUCCAUCAAUGGAACUAUUUUAUGAUUUACUAAAUAUGAAACCAUUUUCAGACGCUUUUAUCGAUCAACUGAUUGAGAACAAUUCGACUGAUUUAAUAGAAUCAUAUGUGUAUUUAUUUCGGUAUAGUCCGCAAAAUUUUAAAUUAUUUCCAUUGACACGUGAAAGUAUUUUUCAAAAAUUUGUUUCGAAUCUUUUUCUUCAAUCGAAAAAUCAAUUAAUCAAUAAAUUUCAUUUAUUCGAUGAUUUUUUACGCAUAUUAAUUGAUUCAAUCGAUUCAUCACCAUGUGAUGAACUGUUAAACCGUUCAUCUCGUUCAGUAUCAUCAACAACAUUACUAUUAAAUAAUAUCGCAUAUUGUUCAUAUGAAUUAAAAAUAAAUUAUGAAAACUUAUUGCAUUUCCAUGUCAAUGUUCUUGAUUGUGAUACCAUAGAUAAAUUAAAACAAAAAAUAAUUCAUUAUUUAAAUUCAAAUGAAAAUACAAACCGUCUCAUGGAAUAUGAUGAAGUUGACUUGUCAAUGCCAUCUAUUAAUGCAUAUUCAUAUUCAGAUCAAAUUCCUAUGUUAAAAAAUUCUUUAACAAAUUCAACAGUUUAUUGUCAAAAGAAAUAUACCAUGAAAAAAGAAUCGAAAACAUUUGUUUAUCAUUUAUGUAAAGAAAAUGAAUUGAUUUUGGAAAAAAAUCUCAUGGAAGAAAAAUUAAAAGAAAAUAAACAUCGAUUACAACAAAUUUUUAUUUACUUUUGCCAACAAAUUAUGAAUGGCUUAGAUUUAUUUUUCAUUUUCGAAAAUGAAGAGAAUCAACAAGUAUUAUUUCAACGAUAUAUUCAACUGGUGAGUGAUUUAAUUCGGCGACUGAACCGUUUAAUGCUAUGUCGUUCAACAUGUCCAAUAAUAGAAUCCUGCUUGAAUUCUAUUGCCGAUGGAUUAGAAUUUAUAUUUGAUACUAAAGCAGAAUUCUCAUCGGAAAUAAAAUUAUUAUUUAUGGACGAUAAAAAAUAUUUUUCAACAUUUAAUAAAAAUAACUUUCACAUUUGUUCGUCAAAUCAAUUCAAUCCACAAUUUUCUCCAAUUGAUACUCGAUCGUUAACACUUAAAGACGAUAAUGCAAUUGAAUCUUUACUAAAACUUUAUCAAUUUUACGAACUAUAUAGUGAACUUAUCAAUCAACAUAUUGGAGAAAAUCAUGUCAGUAUAUUAUUACCUGUUCAUCAUCUUCUUGUACAAAUCCGUCAAUUGCUUCAGUCAGAUAAUAUAACGCUCAUUUAA